GCUGGACUCCCGACCGUUUUUCUUUAACAGUAGAGUAUGGGAUGUAACUGCUUUUGGCGGAAAAGAGUGCUGGCGGCCGCUGUGAAGCCGCCAAGUGGCGGCGGUGGAGGCAGAUAAACCACUGUUUCCGGCUGAUCGGGCCAUGCCGGAAUGCUCUGUUACUCAUCAAGAAAGCUUAUCUUUGCGGGCUUAAUCACGACAUGUGGUCAUUAUAUGAAUUUUUUUACGUUCAGUACAGGCAUGAUGAACCUGGAGCCUAUCUAGGAGGGACACAAGAGCCCAUUGUGAGUUGAAACUCUAAAAAGCAUCUUCUUCAUUGUUUGUCACGUCUGCACUCUUUACUGAAUCGAGGGAGGAAAGCUAAGGUUGAAGAAAUGGCGCUUGCUUGGUUGGAGGCGGUUCUGCCUUUAGGAAUCAUUGCCGGCAUGCUCUGCAUUGCAGGAAACGUCCAAUAUUUUGUCCACAAAGCCUACCAUGGCCGGCCUAAACACAUAGGAAAUGAUGUUUGGGAUGUAGCGAUGGAAAGGCGUGACAAGAAGCUCAUGGAGAUCCUCUCUGCUGCUCCUUCCUCUGAUUAGCUUCGUUUGCUGUUCCGGUCUGGUAGCGUUACCAGCGUGCGUGGAAACAAAAAUGCGCUUUGCCAUUCUCAA